GGCAUGCACAGUGGCUGCAGACUCCAUAACGCAUGCGCAGUUUAAUUCACAGAGGCCCUUCCGGUUUUCGCACCGAUGUCAUGCGAGACGUUGUCUUCAUGUUUGUCGCGACUGGCGGAGGCCGCGGAGGACCCGGUAGCUUUGGGCCGAGCCCUGAGUGAGCUGCGGAGCCGUCACGUGACCAGGGCCGGAGGGGCGGGGCUGUUCCGCAGAAGAGGGGGUCUCACGCUGCUGCUGGAGCUGCUGACGGUGCCCGCGAGGGCAGUGUAUCUGGGAAGUUCGCGCCGAAACCUAGAGCUCGCGCUUAGUCUACUGGCCAAUAGCUGCACGGAAUCGGGGAGCCGCGUGCAGGUGCGGGAGCUCGGGGGGAUUCCGGCCCUGGUCAGUAUCCUGCAGUCUGUGUGUGUAGCCUCCAUAUGGAAUAGGGUCUCCCGGGCUCUGGGAAAUUUGGCGUUGGACCCACAGAACAGUGUAAUCAUUCAUGAUUCCGGUGCAGUCUCCACGUUGGUACAAAUCUUACAAAGCUCUCAAGAUGCUGGGUGUCUGCACAGCUGCCUGCGAGCCCUCCGUAUCCUGGGGGAUUCCGCCUCACACAGACUUUCUAUCUGUCAGCAGGGUGGACUGGCCCCUUGUGUUCCAAUGCUUACAUCUCCAGACUCCAACUUGGUGUGUGCGGCUGUACGUGCUGUGUGUGAGCUGAGCCGCGGGUGUUCCCUGGACUGUGCAGAGCAGCUGAGUCCUGUUGUACCAACCUUGGUGGCACUAGCCAGCGGAGAGGAAGUAAAAGUUGCCGUGCGUCAGGCUACACUUGGUACUCUUUGCAAUCUUUGUAACCAAGGAGCUUUACGGCCUAUCCUUGGUAAUGCGGGCACAAUCCAUCUCCUUAUAGCAGAAGCCAAAGCGUUACAGGAUGCUCCUACACGCUGCCUUCCACUGCUGAGAGCCCUGUGUCUUUGCUGCCGUGAAGCACUCAAUCGUAUCCGGGUGCGGGAGCUUGGAGGAUUAGAAAUACUUCUAGAUCUGCUGCAUAAUCCCCAAUAUCAGUCUUUUCACCACAGAAUUACUGUAGCAUUUCUGUACUUUUGUCAUGACAUUGCUGCCCUGGCCUUGCUAGGUGCUGGAGGCCUGGCCACCCUGUUAGCUGAAAGGUUAGAGGAGAUGGCUUUGACUGCUGAAGAUAGGAGAGACAUGCAAAGUUGGAGGAUGGCAGAAGAUGGACAAGAGGAGAGAGAUUCUGCCUCUUUCGAUUUCCCUACAGAACCAACAAAGAAAAGAGAAGUGGGUGGCACAGCAGAUGAAAGCCUGAGGUGAGGAGGAAUGGUCCUG